CUCAUAAAUCAAUCCCUAACUCUGAAAGAAAAAAUGUUAUUCAGCAGCACAAACAGUUCCAAAAUUUUCUCACAAGGAAAAAGAUGGGAAGCCAAAUCUCUAACUGGCAUGACCGUUGAACAACUCAAUCAAAGGACCAAGAUUCCUGUAUCAGAUACAGAAGGAGCAAUGGGUUCAAAAAUAAAGGAAAUGUUAAGAAAAGUAGAGUUAUCAGUAUCAUCAUAUGACACUGCAUGGGUUGCAAUGGUUCCUAGCUUCGGUUCAUCAAACCAACCGCUUUACCCAAAAUGUUUGAGUUGGGUCAUGAACAAUCAACAACCUAAUGGUUCAUGGGGUCUUGAUCCUAACCAUCCAUUGUUGAUUAAAGACUCACUUUCUUCAACUUUGGCUUGUGUUCUUGCCCUUCAAAGAUGGAAUGUCGGCCAACAACUUGUACAUAAAGGUUUGGAGUUUAUUGACUCAAACAUUUCGGCUGCAAUGGACAAACGUCAACUUUGUCCGGUUGGGUUUGACUUAAUAUUUCCGAGCAUGAUUGAGUCGGGCAGAGACAUGGGUUUGAACCUUGGUUCGAACCAAUCAUUAGUUGAGGCCAUGCUUCUAAACCGAGAUUUGGAAACUGAAAGCCUGAAGAAUAAAAGAAGAAAUCUAGCAUAUGUUGCAGAAGGUUUAAAGGACUGGAAUGAAAUAAUGAAAAAUCAAAGGAGUAAUGGAUCACUUUUUAAUUCCCCAUCUUCAACAGCUGCUGCUUUGAUCCAUAUUCAGGAUGAGAAGUGUUUAAAUUACUUGAAUUCCUUGACAAACAAAUUCCAAAAUGCAGUACCUGCAAUUUAUCCAUUCGAAAUCUAUGUCCGUCUUUCUGUAAUCGAUAGCUUGGAAAAGUUAGGAAUUGAUAGAUAUGUCAGUGAUGAUAAACAAACAGUACUGAAUGAUAUAUACAGAUGUUGGAUAGAAGGAAGUGAAGAAAUAUUUUUGGACCCUACUUGUUGUGCCAUGGCAUUCCGUCUCCUACGCUCAAAUGGAUAUGUUGUUUUUUCAGAUGCUUUAGCAAUUUUUGAAGAACAAGAGAGUUUAUACUAUGAAAAAGAUACCAAAUCAAUACUUGAAUUGUUCAAAGCUUCACAAACUACAAUAUUUGAGGAUGAGCCUAUUCUUGAUAAAAUUAGUUCUUGGACGAGCACUUAUCUUCAACAAGAAUUGGCAAAUGAGAAAAUUGCUGACAAAAGUUUGCAUUCAGAGGUGGAUUAUGCUCUAAAUCACAUACAAGCCAAUUUGGUACGACUUGAACAUAGAAGAUUCAUUGAGAAUUAUAAUACAGAUAAUGUCUCACUUCUUAAAACAUCUUACAGGUUCUGCAAUGUUGAGAAUAAAGAUCUCUUGACAUUCUCAUUCAAAGAUUAUAAUAAGUGUCAAUCCAUGCAUCGAAAAGAACUCGACUAUCUCGAGGGAUGGAUCAAGAAAUGUGGCAUUGACAAAUUAGAGUUUGCAAGGCAAACAAUUAAAUAUACUUCUUUUUCCAUUUCUUCAAGCAUGUUUCAACCUAUAUACUCUGAUGCUCGUACCUCUUGGGCUCAAAAUUCUGUUUUGACAACUAUUGUUGAUGACUUUUUUGAUUAUGGUGGUUCUAUGGAGGAAUUAUCAAACUUGAUCGAAUUAAUUGAAAGAUGGGAUGAUCAUGCAACAAUUGGCUACAAAUCCAAAGAAGUUGAGAUACUUUUCAAUGCAGUCUAUGCUACUACAAAUGAUCUUGCAGAUAAAGCUCGCAAAGUACAAGGACGAUGCGUUAAAAAACACAUGAUUGAUCUCUGGAUCUUCUUGCUGAAGGCUAUGUUAAAGGAGGCAGAGUGGAAAAGAUACAAACUAGUGCCAACUAUGGAAGAAUUGAAACAAAAUGGAUACAUAUCAUUUGCCUUAGGACCAGUGGUUCUCACAUCAAUUUAUCUUGUGGAGUCAAUGUCUGAAGAAGUUGUUAAUAGUGAAGAAUAUGAAAAGCUUUAUAUGAUCAUAAGCAUUCUUGGUCGACUUUGCAAUGACCGUGUUGAAACUCAGAGUGAUGGUGCAACGGGGGAACUUAAUAUUCUAAAUCAAGAAGUAAUCAAUAGUAGAGGUGCUAUAACAGAAGAAGAGGUUCAAGAAAAAAUAGCAAAAAUAAUUGAGAAUAAUAGAAGAGAGUUGCUAAGAAUAGUGUUGCAAAAAGAAGGGAGCAUAGUUCCUAAAGCUUGCAAAGAUUUUUUUUGGACAAUGAGCAAUGUUUUGCACCUUUUCUAUAUGGGUGAUGAUGGCUAUACAUCUCCAACUAAAAUGAUGAGUGCUUUCAAUGAAGUUAUCAAUCAACCAAUUUUACUUCCCUAAAAAUCUUCAAUUAUGCUCCUUUUACCAAUAAUAAUUCGUGGAUAAUUUUACGGUUAUUU